CUUUCCGGAGACAGUACUUUAUCUAAAUUAAAGAUUUUGAAUUGAAGGUAAAAAUGCAGAAAUUAGCUGCUAUUGCUAUAAGCUGUUUGCUUCUAGUGCAAUUGGCCAAUGCUUUACCUGUUAUAAAACGUGAAGCCAUCGCUGCUGAUGCCAAAGCACAGGACAAUCCUCAGCUCUCCGGCAAGACAUCCAUUGAAGAAGACAAUACACACAUACCACUUAUUCUUUAUACUAUUGGUGAAAUAGGUAAAUUUGCAAAGUGGGUGCUUGAGCGUGGUAGCGUGGUGGUAAAUAAUGCCGUAACUGAACUAAAGGCAAUACCAGAUAAAGAUGAAUUAUUGCAAGCCAACAUCACACGCAUGUCAAGGGUAGCUACGGAGGCUGCACAGUUUACAUUUCAAGACGAUGAAGAAAGCAUUUUGAAAUUAUUCGAAAAUAUGAUUACUUUCGCCGAUAUGAUGUCUGACUAUGACAGUAUGCCGGAGAAUUCCAAACUCAAGCUCACAUUGAAGGCAGCUCUAGAAAAUAAUGGCUACAAUCAAUUCGACAACGAAUUUCAGCAGAAGGUCGUGAACUUAGCUGAGAAAUUCGAAACUGAUUUUGGAGAAUAUUUCAAAGGUCUAACUGCGGAUGAAAAAUUAAAGUCAGCCAAAUUAUUGCAGUGGUACGAAGAGUUUAAGGCGGAAACAAACGAAGAAAAGAAACUUGAUAAGUUUGGGGAAUUUUUUGACCUUUGAUAACUGCUUAAUUUUACAUAAAAUCGUUUUUUGUAAACAAAUAAAUUUGCUUUCUUUUACUCA